UGCAGUCCGCAGUCUCUAGUCAUCUCCUGUACUAUGUGCGCAGUCUCUGGUCAUCUCCUGUACUGUGUCCGCAGUCUCUGGUCAUCCCCUGUGCUGUGUCGGCAGUAUCUGGUCAUCUCCUGUAAUGUGUCCGCAGUCUCUGGUCAUCUCCUGCACUGUGUCCGCAGUCUCUGGUCAUCCCCUGCACUGUGUCCGCAGUCUCUGGUCAUCCCCUGCACUUUGUCCGCAGUCUCUGGUCAUCUCCUGUACUUUGUCCGCAGUCUCUGGUCAUCUCCUGUGCUUGUCCGCAGUCUCUGGUCAUCUCCUGUGCUGUGUCCACAGUCUCUGGUCAUCCCCUGUGCUGUGUCAGCAGUGGUCAGCCCCUGUCUCUCUGUCAGUCUCUGGUCAUCCCCUGUGCUGUGUCUGCAGUCUCUGGUCAUCCCCUGUGCUGUGUCUGCAGUCUCUGGUCAUCUCCUGUACUGUGUCCGCAGUCUCUGGUCAUCUCCUGUACUAUGUGUCUCUGGCUGUACUGUGUCCGCAGUCUGGUCAUCUCCUGUACUGUGUCCGCAUCUCUGGUCAUCUCCU